AUGGAUGCCACCUUACAACCCAUCAUGGGUUCGGUAUCCCGGCGAACCAGACGCCAGUGGGACGCCUUUUACAGAAGCCUCGAAAUCAACACAAAGAAGCCUCGUCGCAGUCGAGAUAAGUUCUUAAAGGAGAAGGAGGAGGAGCCUUCCUCUAUCAAGAAAUCGGAUUCCACUGAUGAUGAUGACGACGACGACUAUAAACGGAACAAAAACCGUAAUUACAGAGUUCAUGUGGCGAAGAACAAUAAGAAGGGUUCAAAAAGAAGAAAAGUAGUGGUGGCCAGGACACAGUUUGUAAUUGAUGAGGAACUGGACUUGAUUAGCAAUUUAGUGGAUGAUUCAAGAUUCAAAGAAAAAUAUAUCCAUACUCGUGUAACUGUUGAUGAUAAUGCAACUAGCACUCUGCCAUUGAAGUUCAAAUUUGAGGAUGAACAGAAGCAGCAAGACUCCUCUUUGGCAGACUGGGAAAAGGAAAUCAAGUCUCUCUUUCUUGAUCUGGAACUGGGCCUCUGGGAAUCUGAAAUUGGACGCUUAAGGAGUGAUGAUGGAAGCAUCAAAGAUGUAGACGAAAGUCCUCCAGCAGGCUGUUGCCGUUGUGCUCACGAUAGUGUCUUGGACGAACAGAUUGGGAUCGUAUACAACUUCACCGAUACCCAGGUUGAGGGCUCGGCUAAUUGCGCCACUACUACUACUCUCGAGUCUAGUGUUCAUUCUGGAGGUGGCGGCACAGUCUUGGACCUCAUCCCUGUGGAUGUCCACAAGAAAAUGUAUCCUCACCAAUUGGAAGGCUUGGAGUUCCUGUGGAGGAACAUAGUUGGGGACAUCCGAAUGGACAAGCUGGAGGAGAGGCUUCCGGCCAAGGGGGGCAGGGGCUGCAUAAUCUCACAUGCUCCCGGCACCGGAAAAACCCGUCUCACCAUAGUCUUCCUGCAGACAUUCAUGCGCCUCUACCCGACUUGCCUCCCUGUCAUCAUAGCUCCCCUCUCCAUGCUCAAUACUUGGGAACGGGAGCUCAAGAAAUGGAACGUCGAUGACAUCAAAUUCCACAUUCUCAACAGAAACAAGCUCUCCCCACAGGAAUCUUCUUCUGCUGUUUCUAAUAACCUACUCCCCGAGAAUCAUAAAGACUACACCCGACUGGUAAAGCUGCGUUUGUGGAUGAUGGGUGGGGGUAUUCUUGGGGUUAGCUACCGUUUAUUCGAGAAGUUGGCUGGAGAACAUUACAGUAACAACAAUUACAAUGAAGAGGUGAAGAAAAUACUGCUCGAGUUACCGGGUCUGUUGGUGAUGGACGAAGGGCACACGGCAAGGAGCGAACAGAGCCUGAUGUGGAACACUCUAAGAAAGGUGAAAACAAAGAGGCGUGUGAUGUUAUCCGGAACCCCAUUCCAGAACAACUUUAAUGAGCUUUACAACACCUUCUGUUUGGUCAAUCCCAAUUUUGUCAGUAGGAAGCGCAAGUUGUUGGUCAACGAUUGGUUGGAUUCGGAUGAUCUGAAGAAGCUGCGAUUGGAAAUGGAGCCUUUUGUCCACACGUACCAAGGCAGCAUACUCGAGAAGAAUCUCCCCGGGUUGAAGGACUGCCUCAUCCUACUAAAACCGACCGACCUGCAGAAGGAGCUACUUGGGGACAUAUCUCCAUCUGAGAAGUAUCUCGUCCAGGUUCACCUGACAUCCAUCAUCUCGGUCCACCCGUCGCUGGUUUCUGGAAGAAAAGAAUUCUCGAAUCACAAGAGGAGGAUGCCGGAGGGGCUCGAAUCCGACCCGGAUGCUGGUGUGAAGGCUCGUUUUCUGAUUAAGCUGAUCCAGCUGUCGGCUGGGCUGGGCGAGAAGGUUCUGGUUUUCAGCGAGUUCAUUCCCCCGCUUCGCCACAUCAUGAGCCUUGUGACACGUCAUUUAUCCUGGGCCGAGGGGCGGGAGGUAAUGUACUUGGACGGGGAUAUAAAGAUGAACGAGCGGCAGAGGCUGAUUGACUCGUUCAACGACGAGAGAGGAAGGGCUAAGGUGAUGUUGGCUUCGAGGGGAGCGUGCUCGGAAGGAAUAAACCUGGUGGGGGCUUCGAGGGUGGUGCUGCUCGAUGUAGUGUGGAACCCAUCGGUGGAGAGGCAGGCAAUAUGCCGAGCCUACAGGCUAGGCCAAGAGAAGGUGGUUCAUGUGUACCGCCUGCUGAUUCAGGAGGAGGUGAACAAAUACGCGAGGCAGCUGGAGAAAGACCGAGUGUCUGAGCUUUUGUUUAGUGCGCCCAAAACGUCAAGAAACACAAAUGAGGCCGCUUUUGUUGAGGAAGAUAAAGUGCUGGGGGCCAUGAUUAGGCACAAGAGUCUUGGCAGUAUAUUCCACAGGAUUAUUCCGCAGCCUAAGGAUUCGGAUUUCACUCUUACUUUACUCCAAUCUUUAACCAACUCUGCUAGCUCAUGA